AUGCCUGGAUCGACUGUGACCAUUCUCUGCUCCUUUACCCAUCCUGCUGGUCUUGAAGUCACCAAAGUCUUCUGGUCAAUUAACCCCAAAAAGGGAGUGACGCCCACUGAUCUGAUGAUGCUCCAGCAGUAUUCAGAUCGAGUUCAGUACAACUCAGAUAUACAGGAAAACUGCACAAUGACUCUGAGGGAUGUGAGGCGCACAGAUAUUGCUUCAUAUCAUGUCAAGAUUGAAACAAGCCGAAGUACAGAGAAAUGGCUGUCAUCUCCAGUCUUAUUUACAGUUCGAGAUGCCCCUGUCCUAGCUGUCCAGACAUCUGGACCAGCGGUUGAGGGACGGGAUGUGAAGCUGAGCUGCGUUAGUGACUGUGCCUUGAGACCAAACUCCAGGAUCAUGUGGGAGAAGGAUGGACAUGCUAUGCCUGAUGCACACAAAUACAACGAAAACCUUGUGCUCUACAACAUCCGGUCUGGGAAUGAAGGGGCAUACACUUGCAUUGUGGAAGGUCAAGAGAAUCACAGAUCUUCUCCACUGGGCAUUAAAGUGAUGUAUCCUCCAAAGAACACCUACACAUCUGUACGCCCAGUUGGUGACAUACUACAGGGCAGCGCUCAGGUGUCGCUCAGGUGCUACAGUGAUGCCGUACCACCAGCGAGAUACACCUGGUACCGGAGGACUGGGGAAACGUCAUCACUGGUGGUAUCUGACAAGAUCUACCGCAUCGCCCAUAUCACCUCUGAACACAGUGGAUAUUACUACUGCACGGCUACAAAUGUGUAUGGCAGCAACAACUCUACAGAUCUCCAUGUUAAUGUCCAGUAUCCUCCAAAGACGACCUUAAUAUUAAUUAGUCCCAUUGCGGAGGUGCUGGAGGGUGACACAGUGAUCAUGAGCUGUAGAAGUGAUGCCAACCCACCAGCAAGCUUUGCAUGGUAUUGGAAGGGGAACAGAGUACAGGCAGCAAAACAAAAGAAUUACAGCCUCAUUGCAGUCAGGUCUGAAGACACCGGUGAUUACUACUGCCAGGCUCAGAACAAACAUGGUGACAGAAACUCAACUCUUAUCCAUCUUAAUGUUCUAUAUCCACCCAAAAGGACCUCAGCAUUUCUCUUCCACAAGGGUGAUCUGAAUGAAGGGACCUCUGUGAUUCUGUCCUGCAACAGUAAUGCCAACCCACCAGUUGAGAACUACACCUGGUACAAGAAGACUAGUGCCAGCACUGAAGUCACCCAAACAGGUUCAGGGCAAUUCAACACCUUCACUCUGUCCCCCGACACAGUUGGGGUUUACCACUGUGAGGCAAAAAACAGUCUUGGCACCCAGGACAGUGCUGCAAUCGAAGUGUCUGCAUCAGGCCAAGUUCAAUGGCAGACAGCGACUUUGUGUGUGCUUGGAGCCAUUGUGGCAGUACAGACUUUGACAAUUGUACUCAUACACUGCAGGAGGAAGAGGAGUUUUGGUGCAGAUUAUGGAGACACAGGCAGGAAUGCAGGGGACAGUGUUACGGGCAGGAACACAGAGGGGGAUGACGAUUAUGUGAAUAAUGAUCAAAGAAGAAACUCAUUGGACAUCCCCAUGGUUUCACUUCAGAGUUCAGUGUUGCGUUCCUUACCCAACAACGCCCACACUGAUGAUGUGUAUCAGAGCUUGAACCCCAACACCAUUGAGCCGAAUGCAGUUUAUCACAGUCUGAGGGCUUAG